CAACUGCAACACGAAAAUAUUUUGCCUCUGCUCGGUUUCAGUCGCGAUUUCGGACCAUUCCCAGCGAUGGUUUCUCCCUGGAUGCACAACGGCACGCUCAAUAUAUAUCUUCGACACAAUUUCACAGAAUUAAUGAUUGAAUCUAAACUACGAAUCGUGAGUUGUUUCUCCAAACUACAUGCCGCGGGCAUUGUUCACGGAGAGCUUACUGCCAACAACAUUCUGAUAGAUUCGAACCGUAAUGCUCUGGUAGCAGACCAUGGAAUCCUCGCCCUGUGUCCCGAGUCCCCCAAUACCUCGUACCUCAGAAACAACGUGCGAUGGGCUGCUCCAGAGCUUUUUGAGGAAUCGUCGACUCCUCUAAAGCCGUCGAGUGAUAUUUAUGCAUUUGGGUGCAUCAUGUUCCAGGUUAUGACAGGCCAACAGCCUUAUGCAGAUGUACACGACACUUAUCAAGUCACUAGUAUGAUAUUCCACGGCAAGAAGCCCGCAAGACCCUCCAGUCCACCUAUCGCUGAUCCCUUGUGGGAUUUAAUCCAGAGAUGCUGGAGUGAUAGGCCGAGUCGUCGACCCUCGGCUGUUGAGGUUUUGAGGUUUUUAGGAUCAGAUCAGGUUACUUCUCUGGAGUUCCAAUAG